UUCAAUGGCACUACCAUCACUGAAUCCCUCACUAUCGACAUCCUGGGGAUUACCAUUGACCAGAAACUGAGCUGGACUAGCCAUAUAAAUAUUGUGGCUACAAGAACAGGCCAGAGACUAGGAACCUCCACUAAGUGUAACUCACCUCCUGACUCCCCAAAGCCUGUACACCAUCUACAAGGUACCAUCACCAAGAAAGCUGCAAUGGAGGGGACAAAACAGUCAAGGGUAUCUCGUCCACACAAGAUCAGUGAAUCGUCAAAGGUAUACAGGUGGGCAGACCAUUCCAGUGUCAUCCUUCAGGGGCUAAAUGAGCAGAGACAAAGGGGACUGUUCUGUGAUAUCGUGCUUGUGGCAGAUGAACAGAAAGUGUCAGCGCACAGGAACCUGUUGGCUGUUUACAGUGACUAUUUUAAUUCUAUGUUUACAAUUGGAAUGAGGGAAGCUUAUCAAGAAGAAGUUGAGUUGGUUGGAGCCUCCUACAUAGGCCUGAAAGCUGUGAUUGACUUUCUGUAUAGCAGUGAGCUCCCUUUAGAUGGUGGAAAUAUUGACUAUGUGCUGGAAACUGCACAUCUUCUACAAAUUUGGAAAGUGGUAGAUUUUUGUUGUGAGUACCUGGAGAACGAAGUUAGUGAAGAAAACUACCUUUAUCUUCAAGAACUGGCCUCGAUUUAUGACCUGGAGCGAUUGGACUGUUAUAUUGACAGCUUUAUUCUGCAUGACUUUGGCACCCUUUCCUUUACUCCAGAAUUUUUGCAGAACAUCUCUGUGCAAAAACUUUGUCUUUAUUUGGAGAGCAACAAUGUACAACAUGAAUGUGAGCAUGAUUUGCUGCAGGCUGCACUGCAGUGGCUGACGCAGAGUCCCGAGAGAGUGCAGGAUGCUCGCCUCGUUCUUAGAAACAUCCAUUUCCCACUUAUACCUAAAAGUGAUCUGUUAUAUCGAGUUAAACCAGCAGUGUGCUCCCUACUUCCCAAAGAAGCAAAUUGUGAAAUCUUUUUGGAAGAAGCAAUAUAUUAUCACAAUAACAUCGCAGAACAACCAGUACUUCAGAACAAACGUUCUGCCCUUCGCUCAGAUAUUGAAAGGCUAUUAUUUAUUGGCGGGGAAGUGUCAGAACGUGGAGAAGAGCUGAGUGAUGAUAUGUGCUUCUUUGAUGCUGCAAAAGGGCAAUGGUUUUCUGAAACAAUGCUGCCCGCAAGACGGAGCCAUCACUGUGUAACUGUGUUUGGAGGAUUUAUCUUUAUGGCAGGCGGAAGCUCAUCUCGUGACAAUGGAGGUGACGCAGCUUCAAACAUCCUUUAUAGAUAUGAUCCCAGAUGUACUCAAUGGUUCAAGGUUGCUCCCAUGAAUCAGAGGCGAGUGGAUUUUUACUUGGACACAUUUGCAAACUUUCUGAUAGCCGUUGGAGGAAGGAAUGAAAAUGGUGCUUUAUCCUCUGUUGAAAUCUAUGACCCCAAUAAUGAUUCCUGGUCCUAUGUUGCUGGCCUACCAAGGUUCACGUAUGGCCAUGCUGGUUCAAUAUAUAAAGAAUUAGUGUACAUCUCAGGAGGUCACGACUACCAAAUCGGACCCUACAGAAAGAAUCUUCUUUGCUAUGACUAUAGAACUGAUGUUUGGGAAGAAAAAAGACCAAUGUUAACUGCUCGAGGAUGGCACUGCAUGUGCACACUACAGGACCAUAUCUAUGCUAUAGGUGGCAGUGAUGAUCACAUUGAGUCUAUGGAGAGAUUUGAUAUUUUAAGCGUGGAAUGUUACAGCCCACAGUAUAACCAAUGGACCCGAAUUUCCCCUCUCUUGCAGGCUAACAGUGAGUCAGGGGUAGCAGUUCUGAAUGGAAAAAUUUACAUUCUUGGUGGCUACAGCUGGGAAAAUACAGUGUUUUCAAAAUCUGUACAGAUAUAUAACAGAGUUGAGAAUAAGUGGCACCGUGGCCCAGACCUCCCAAAAUUAAUUGCAGGAGUGUCAGCCUGUAGUUGUGUGUUAAAGCCUCGAUCUCCAGAGAAGAAGCUGAAGACUAAACAUCAGGACUGCAGUAGUUAAUAACCAGUACAAAAAGGCAUAACCUCAGGAUGUCUAUUAGUUUAAUUUUAGUUAUGAUAUAGAAAAAGCAUGUAGCAACCCUCACUACUGUUAGGUUUCUGCCAUUUGACAAUAUUUUUUUAAAACAGCCACCUAUUCUAUUUAUUCACAGUAACAGCUAUGUAAUGCUGUGUUCAUGCACAAUACUUUGCCAUCAAUGGCAUUAUAGAGGCCAAAAUCGUUGAGUGAUCCUGAAAUGUGAAAAUUGUUUUUUAUUACAAAACUAUCCUAAGGGGGUUGGAGAUAGAAUUUUUUUUCCAUUCAGCCAAAGUUAACUUUAUGGCAUUAAUUAUAAGCCUAUUUGGGGAAAUAUAGUUCAUUUGAAAAGAUCCAUUCGGUCUUAAAUUUUGUUCAUGUAAUUGAGUGCAUGACACACCCACAUGGGCUUCCGAGCAGUCUGGCCCUAUUUUACAUAUUUAAUAUCUACCAGACCUGAUGUGACCAAAUUUGUUGGUUUUGCUAAGAUAUUGGGCGUUUGUUGGAAUGGCCAAGUUAUAAGGUAAGCAGUGUUAAAAUCAAUGAAUGACUUGAAAGAAUGAUGUUACAAGUUUAAUACAGUAUGAUAGUCUAAUAUCUGGCAAUCAAAAUAACAAGCUUGGUUCCUAAUGUAGCAGUUAGCUAUUUUACAGAUCAGUAAGUUCAAUAAUAAAAUAGAAUAAGUUCAUAAUUUUAAAGUAAUUCAUUUGGCGAUAUCAACUGCCUUGUUGCAGUGCUUUGUUUACAUAAUCACCAAAAAGACAAGUCCUAAACUAUAAUGAAGUAUGUUUGUUUCUUCCUUUCCUCCAUUUUUUGUUUUGUCCUACAUCCUUUCCAAUGUUGUAUUUCAGUAGGAGCUGCAGAAACUCUAGUGCUUCCCUGGCACUGCUAAAAUCAAAAACUCCCUAUGUUCAUGGCUGAAGUUACAUCACUGAAGUAUUAUUGCUCUGCAGAUCAUGUUUAAAUAUUUUUUUAAAUGCCCUUUGCUAUGAGAGUCAAUAUUAUUUCAAAAAUACAUAUUUAAGAAUAGUUAAUUUCUUGAUCCUUGCACAUUCUUUUAAAGCCAAAUAUGUAUUUUUCCUCAUGAGACAUUGUAAAAUAUUUGAGAAAUGCUUACCAUUUUUCAGAACACAUUCUAACCGUGUUCAAGCACAAAAGCCUGGAGUCUAAAUAUAAGGUCAGAAGUUUCCUUUUGUGUUUUUAAAAUAUAAAGCACAUUUGUUUUAAGAUUUUUGUAACUAAGCUGAAAAAUUAUGAAAUAUAGCAAUAAUAUACACGUGUAAGGCUUUUAGAUUUCUAAGAAUUUUUAGAUUUUUAACAAUUUACAACUCAGCAUGUGUUUGAAAAUGCAAGUGCUGCAGCUUCACUUUCAGUGUACCUUUUUAACAGACUUGUAUUUAAAAUCUAUAAACCCUUGACAACUAUUUGUAUUCCUGCAUCUGCCCAUUAACCACACACCCCCCCCCCCCAAAAAAAAAACAGUAAUUCAAAAGGAAUGAUUGCAACAAGAUUAUUAGUAACGGAAGUAGACUUUUAUAUGUCACCAUAGUUACUGAUUUUACUAUUAAAAGUAUACUAGGUUUGACUUUUUGAGGAAGGUGCCAUUUUCUUUAUAUUAAAAUGGCUUUUUAAAAAAAAAGCUAAGCACAUUCACUGCAUUCAUUGAGCAAAGUGGGUGUAGAGGACCCAGAGCUACAUUUGCAAAGGCUCUCUAUUACAUGUAUGAUUUCUUGUGCAGUACUUUGCUCAUUUUAUCUCACUCAUACCUAUCUUUUCACAUACCUAUCUUUUGGAGGAACACACGAACUGAUGAGAACUAUCUGCUUUGGGGUGGGAUUCUUCACAUUUCUUUGUUAAUUUGCAUGUUUUUUAAAAGGCACCAAAUAGAAAGGCUUUCACAUUUUGAUUUUGUUUUAAAUAAACUCUUUUCCAGGGAAAAUUUAACCUUUGGCAAAGACAAAGUACGCGUAGCUCCAAACACCAGUAGAAGUUCAAGAUGGAAAAGGUGAUAGUGGUGAAUUAUAUCUCUCUCAAAGUAACCGUAGCACUGAUGUUUAAGAUGCAGGAAAUACUCAGCAGGUCUGGCAGCAUCUGUGGAGAGAGAAAAGCAGUUAAUGUCUCAGGUUGAUUACCUAUUACCGGAACUGAGACAAGGAGGUCGGGCAAAGAGUUAACUUCAGGGAGGAGUUAUGAGACAUGCUAAAAGUGCACUUUGCAAAGAACAGAUUCAGGGUAAAUAGAUUUAGAAAUGUGUUAAAAGAAAUCUUUGUGGGAAGUUGGCUGGGCAGGUUAUAGGACCAAUAGUUUACUCAUGCCAGAAGUUGUUAUUAAGUUAUCAGAAACUUCAGUUACUUGCUAGGAGUUUAUGGCUGAAUUCCAUUCAUCUUCGUGUUGGUCUGCAAGUAUAAACGAUACCUACUGCCAAUUCACACUCUCCUAAUGCUGUUUGCAAGUCUCGACUGCUUGACAAGAACCAAAUUAGUUGCAGUUGGCUACAAGUGUGUAGAAAAUUAAGAGUCAUUGUUAUUAUUUACUAUGUGGUAAUGUACUUCCAUCUGAAUUAUAAUUGGAAAUGGGGAACAGGUUCCUGCAGUUUUCAAUUUAAUAGUUACAGAAGCUUUUGCAUCUUGGGACAUUUACACCUGAAAGCUACAGGUACCUACACCAUUCUAUAUUUCAAAAACAGUAAAGUUCAAUAAUAUGAUAGAGUAGACAUGCCAAUUAUUGUGUUUAUCUUAAGUAAAGUAAUUGUUCUGCAGUGCUGGUACCAUAAAUUGUAAAUAUCAUAUGUAUAUGUGAGUAGAGCAACUGUAUAUAAUGAAAACAAUAUACAUAUUACUCUUAUGUUUGGUACUGCCAACUGAAAUGUACAGUGUUCCCUUGUACAAAAUAGCACCUAUUUAUUUUGAUAGUAAACUGCCUCUUGGGGGUUUUAUUUACCUAAAAUGAGCAUGCUUGCAUGUGCUGUGUUUUAAGUGAGUUUUUGUUUUUGGAGAAAUGUUUUUAAUAUAUACACAUUGAGGAAGUUAAUGGUGUUUAAAAACAGUUUGCUUUUUAAACAAAGAUGUUAUAAGGUGUAAAACAGUUGAACUUAAAUUAUGUGGUGAAUGUCAGUGUUUUCUGUAAUUGUGGAUUUAUCCUCUUUCUGUUGUGAUGUUAACAGCUGAAUCACAUGUACAGCUUCUGAAAUUAAAUGCUCUUCGCAAACUGCUUGAGUAUUGGUACUGUAAAAUUGCGAUUAUACCAUUUUACAUUGGCAUUUUGGAAUUUUCGAAUGCAUACAAUCUGCAACCUUUUCAUUUCGGUGUUAAUUAUGCAGCUGGAUAUUAUAUGCUAGAACCCAGCUGGUCACCAAGAGCCUACACUUGCUGAAUAUUUGACCCCUCAAAUUUGUAUAGGUACAGAUACCUACUGACCUUGCACUAUUUUUUGAUAGGCAUAAAAUUGCUGAAAUAUUUACCAGCAUAACAAAAUGUACACUGCAGAGGACUCUUAUUUACCUGAAGUUCUACAAUGAUGAUGACAAACCUGUUGUUAACUAAUUUACUUGGUUAUAUAAUAGGAUUGUUCAGUUUCCUGUUUAGCCAUCAAGACCCUAAAAACUGGCAAAUUUUGGAAACCAGUCUUGUAAAAUUGUUCUGGAGAACGGUUGCUUUUGAAUGACUAGUUUUCUCCCAUGGAGUUGACACAUGCGGGUAGACUUGCUGAUAAAAUUGCCAAAUUCUGUUUGUGACAGAUGUUUUCGGGUUUUCUGGCCUUGUGCACAUCAGAUAUUGAGAAAUUCCAGCAUUAAUACCAAAGAGGUAUUUGACACAUUUUAAUUUUUCCAUGUAACAUUAUGCCAAUCGAGAAAGAAAUGUUAUUGGAGUACAUUUUUAACUCGUUGCCUGGGUGUUAAAUUGGUGCUGCAGAACAGCUGAUCUUUGGAGGAAUUGUCUAAUUCUCAUUGAUUUCCUGGAAAUGAAAAUCUGCCUGUUUCUAUAAUGGAUGGCUGAUUCACAUCACCUGUUUAACACUGAGGCAGCAAGUUUCAUUAUAGGUCAUGUAAGGACAGUUAAUGUUAAACUGCAGCCACUCAUUGUGAUUGUUUAAAAUCCUUUGUUCUCAUUUAUUGGAAUGUAAAUAGAUCCUGCUACAGGUUCCUAUUUUUCUAGUUCUACAUUUUUUCCCUAUUUCCCUCCUUUACUUUUUUUUAAUUUUUCAAUUGUUAAAAAUACUACUUUGUAGAACUGGAUUUGACUUGACUAAAACCAUUAAUAAACUCAGUUGUUCACUUAAAA